ACCUGAAAUAGUCAAGCCGGCAAUCAUCUACUAGUCCUCUCAGGUCAGAGAACAGAGAUGAGCAUCUCUUCUUGACACCUUUGCCGUCGCCGGCCGCGCCCUGGGACAACGAAGCCACAGCAGAGCACAACGAAGCCAGUCUGCACACCGUUCCCUUGCCUUCAUGCCUUUCAUAGACCGAGUCCAUGUAACGGACCAUCUCCGUUGAUGGACAAAAGCCAGCAAGCAGCGGGGCCACCCACGAUGCGGUGCGCGUGCGCCCUUGAGGGCUGAGGUCCCGAGCUCCCGAUCCGGCAUUCCGGCGUCGCGCCGAUGCCCCGAGCUGCCGCGCUGCAGGAGCGGACGGCAUCCAUGGAGAACGACGUGAAGGAGGCGAAGGCGAGGCAGGGGCAGCAGCAGCACAGGGUGUUCCCGUGGGGGAUGCUCAAGGUGUUCCUGCUGCUCGGCUUGGGGCUGUCCGCGGCCGGCAUGCUCAUGGCGCGGCACGGCCACGAGGUGGCGGCGGCCACGCUGUUCCGGCCGUGGCUGGGGGUCUCACCCGCCGCCGACGCCGCCGUCGCGGCGGCGGCGGCGGCGGCGGCGGCGGCGGAGGGGCUGGAGCACUCAAUGACGGACGAGGAGCUGCUCUGGCGCGCGUCGUUCGCCCCGGGGGUGCGGCGGUACCCGUUCCGCCGCGUGCCCAAGGUGGCCUUCAUGUUCCUCACGCGCGGUCCGCUGCCGCUGGCGCCGCUCUGGGAGCGCUUCUUCCGGGGGAACGACGGCCGCUACUCCAUCUACGUCCACGCGCUACCGUCAUACCGAGCCAACUUCACCUCCGAAUCCGUCUUCUAUCGACGGCAAAUCCCCAGUAAGGUUGCAGAAUGGGGUCAGAUGACCAUGUGUGAUGCUGAGAGACGUCUACUUGCCAACGCUUUGCUGGAUAUAUCCAACGAAUGGUUUGUGCUUGUGUCUGAGUCAUGCAUUCCUAUAUUUGAUUUCAACACAACGUACCAAUACUUCCUGAACUCGAGCCAAAGCUUUGUCAUGGCUAUUGAUGAUCCUGGACCAUAUGGACGGGGAAGGUACAACUGGAAUAUGACCCCUGAGGUUGAACUUGACCAAUGGCGCAAAGGAUCGCAGUGGUUUGAAGUAAACAGGGAACUUGCCAUUGAAAUUGUGAAGGACACGGUCUAUUACCCCAAAUUCAAGGAGUUCUGCAGGCCCAGUUGUUAUUCUGAUGAGCACUAUAUCCAAACAAUGCUCUCGAUUGAAACUCCACAGAGCCUGGCUAACAGGAGUGUUACUUGGGUAGACUGGUCUAGAAUUGCUGCACAUCCAGCAAGGUUUGGCAGGGGUGAUAUCACGGAAGAAUUCUUGAGGGAAGUCCGAGAGGGACAGACCUGUCUGUACAAUGAACAGAAUUCAACAUUGUGCUUCUUGUUUGCUCGGAAGUUUGCUCCAAGUGCAUUGGGGCCAUUGUUAGAGUUAGCACCCACUGUCCUUGGUUUUGGCUAAUGUAUGUUUUUUAGAGACUUGCUGGUUGGAAUGUGACUUGAAUUUGAUCAUACAAUACAUACAGCGGGCUUAGGCUUAUCAAAGGAAUGAGAGAGGGGGCUGAUCCGAAUUACUGAAUUAACUCGUGCCACCUGUAAGUUUUAUGUAGUGUAUAUCUUGAUGGAUGAAAACAUGAGUCCAUCACAUAAUCACUAGGACACUAACACAGACUUUUAUCUUGUACGUUA